CUUAUUUUCAUAAUUUGAAAUCAUGAAUAUUUAUUGGAUAUACUUUUUUCUAAUCAUCACAGUGAUUCAUCAGAGCCAAACACUAAGAUGCCGAUCGGGGAAUGGAAAAUUGGAUAAAAGUAUUCAAAAAGCUAUAACUAAAUGUAAACAUGAAGAAUCCAAUGAUUCCUCAUCAAUUGAUGAUAGUUCUUCUGAUGAAAAUAUAUCAUCAGAUAGCAGUAUCUUUGAUGAUGAAUUUUUCUCCUUUAACAAAAAGAAUCAAACCAAUUCUGAUAUAUUAUCUUCACAAAAUUCAAGAAAUAAAAAUUCAAAUAACGACUGUAAUGAAAAAUCAAAUAAUUACCAAGGGAAUCAGAGAUUUUACUACACACAGAAUGCUAAUUCUUCAAAAAAAAUUGAUACUAAAUUAAGAAAUAGUUAUAAUGACAAAGAUCAAAGAAAUAAUAAUAAUAAUAACAAUAAUAAAAAUACAAAUCAAAGUUCGAAAGGAAAAACACAGAAUACUAAUUCACAGAGAACUGAUCAUGAUCAGCAUUCAAAAUCUUGUUUCUUUAAGUGUUUAUUAACUGAAUUAAAUGCAAUCAAUCGACGAGGGUUUCCUGAAAGAAUAACUGUAACAAAUUUAUUGUUAAAAGAUGUAUACGAUCCUACUGUUCGAGAUUUGAUUGAAGAAUUCAUCAUAGAAUGCUUUCACUUUUUACAAACUCAAAUGAUUGAAGAUGAAUGUACAUUUGCUCAAUAUUUAUUCGAAUGUUUUGAUAAUAAAGGAAGAGAAAGAUGCGAUGAUUGGACUACUUCAUGA